ACCCGUCUUUUCUAAUCGCAGGUUUCAAUUGUAUUAAAUACAAUGACAGAUGAUCUCAUUCGAUAUAUCGACACCAAAGAUCGGGAAGUUCAGUCUCAAGUAAGAAGAAGUCUCUCCAGUACCCAGUUAGAACUGCACAAAGAGCUUGAAAAUGUUCUCGGUCCGGAUACAUCAUCAGGAUUGUUAUCACCAGUGUCAGCAGGCAAUGGUAUCACACGAAGCCACACUAGUGAUGCUCUUCAGAAGAUGACCGUAACGACUUCUUCAACAGAUUUGUUAUCUCCACAACUGACAAUGAGUUAUAACACAAGUCAUACCAAAUCUCGCUCACCAUCUCCCUCACGAAUUUCUAAACAAAAACCUCACUCAGUUACCGUAAGCGGUUUGCAAGCAGCCUCCUCUCUUUCAGGGGAAUUACCUAAAAACAAAACGUUAAUCAAAAGCAUAUCGAUGGACAACCAAGAAGUUAUUUUCUCUGUCUCGACCACCCAAAAAGAACAGAUGCCAGCAAAAACAGAACCUUUAGCUACCACGACAUCAGCAACUUCUCUUAAUCUGCCGAUGUCAUCAAUGCUGCCACGUAUGUCUACUUCAGCGACAACUAUACCGUCACCGUCGUCGUUUCAGCCAGUGUCACCAAAUCUUUCUGUACCAACAAGAAGCGUCAGCACUGAUAAUGUAUCUCCAAUAACAGCGCGAAAGCAGUUCUUUGCUCAACAACCUUCUUCCGACUAUGGUAUGUCGUGGCCCAGGCGUGGAGCAGGUUUUGGUCACAGCAGGCAGAUGAGUAUGCCUGAUGCAGGCGAGAUUAGAGUUUUAACGAGUGGUGUUAGUGAAUCGAAACAUUCUGUCUCCUGGAAUGACAACGUCAAAGUUGUUGAAUCUGAGAAGCGAGAAGUUACCGUGGCUUCAUCAUCGACAGAAAAUGUAUUACAUGUAAAACCAUCAAGUGCCAAAGAGAAAAGACGUUUGUUUAAGAAAUCAAGUAGCGUUGAUAAUCCAGUUUUGACUUCUAUUGCCAGAGUAGGCGUCCAAGCAGCACAGCCUGCCGCUCCAUCAAUCAUGAAACCAUCAGAUCUAUUCAAAGCUAUGAAGCAGAAACUCCGUCCAUCUUUCAAAAAGACUUUUUCGUUUGAUUCUAAUCCUUUGAGACCUACUGGAGAAGGAUCAACACCAACCGAAUCGAUACAAAGUUGGGGACCUUCUGCCUCUGCUUCUCCUGAGAAAUUAUCUCCUGAAAUUUUAGAAGAACCACCAAUGUCAGCAUUCCAUCCAAUUAAAAUAUCAUCAGUUGAUAGAGAAAAUCGGUAUGAACAGAAAAAGGAAGACAAACAGACACAGAAUCAGAAAGCAUUGCAUUCAGAUGAAGAAUCGGAUCGAUUGGGAAGAAUGAUUACUUCAAGCAGGAAAAAUGCCUACCGAAAAAAUCGUUCAAAAUCAGCUGAUAGCCGCCAUGAAGAUCGAUUACGUCCUGUAGUUGUUCAUGCUGAUGUGAUCACCCCGAUAAGAGUAUGGGAAUUCAAUGAAACACCUGUCUGAAAACACCUGAAUAGCUUACAUAGAGAACUCUUAUUUUUAGUCGUGGAAACAUCAGGCGUGAAGAUUCUGUAAUAAUACCAGAAAUAACAGCUAUAUUUCUGGCAGAACCACAACUGAAUGAAAGAAGAAGAAGGGUAAAACAAACAAAUUAAAAAAUGCCCGAUUGAAUUAACAUCCUCUUAAAGAAAGAGAGAAGAUAGAGAGGGUGUAGGAAAUUAAAAUGAAAUUCCACGUAGGAAUUAGCCAGUGGAGAAAAUUAAAGUCAUCGUUAGUUUUAUACUAAUUCUCAUACAUUAUGAAAGAAUUAAAAUCUCUUAUGUUCCCAUCCCAAGCGUAGAAUAUUUGUCAGCAAUGUAUGUAGUUAGUGUUUGAAGAUUUGGUUAUUUUUCUCAUUAGCAGUUUGCUGGUGUUUAUUUUAUGUCGGUUGUGAAGUAUCUGUUGUUUAUUUAUAAUAGGAGUCAUAAUGUUUAGUUAAUCUGUUUCAAAGUGUUUGAACUUGAAUGUCUUGUAAAAAAUUAUAGACAAACUAUUCAAACGAAUCUUCAUAAAUAUAUUUUCCAUUCAAAGAUAGAGAGAUAGGUAACUAAUCACAAUGAUAAUUUAGUGGCAAAUAAAUGUAUUUAACGACUGUUUUUGUGCGCUAUAGGAAAUUCUUUAUGUUUCACUUAUUCGUCCCGACAGUUAUUAACGUAAACAUUCUUAGUUUUAUGGUAUCUUAAAUUAACUUCAGCCAUAUAUUUGCACACAUUCAUACACGCACGCAUGCACACAUACACUUCACACGUACACACUCAUGCGAUCUAUGCGUGUGUAUGUUAUUUAUUUUAUAUAUAUAUAACUGAACCAUCAUUCCAUUAAUAUAUAGUUGUAUUUCCAGACGAAGAGAAUAAAGAAACAAGAAUAUAUUAAAAAGGAAAAAAUAAUGAAUAUAAGGAGAAAGAUAUAUUUUACAAUAACUACAGCUACAGUACACAUACACACUCACCCAAAGAUCUUAACUCCGCGAAAGCCAUUGUUUUAAAAUCAUCGAGCGUCUUCUUGACAAUUCGUCCAUUCCAAGACAAACAUGUCAGUGUCUUUAUUUAUUUAUUUAUUUAUUUAUUUAUUCUUUAAACUCGUCCACAUCAAAACUAUUGACCUUUCGAAGCUCGCAUAAAGAAAGGAAUGAAUCGGGUUACGACUUUCGUUUGAAAUCUCUCUAUAAAUUCGUACAUACACUGGGAAAUAAAAGCAUUUGGAAAGAAGCCUGCCGAACACAUGUCAGUCUAACCCAUCAAGCCUACUAAAAAAUAUUUCAUAAAACUCGCAUUAUAUUAUCACAUUUUCUUUUUAAAAUUACUUUUUUAAUUAAAUUCUACAACAUGAUUUUAAUUCAAUGGCUAGAAACAAUCAGCUUUGUCAUCGAUUUUUUACCAUCCCAGGUUAAGAUUUUAGAAUUAUUCCAGUGAUUUGAUCACUCUAACUAUUAUUAUCGCUACUCUAACCAUCCUCACUGUCACACUCUCAAUAUUAUCGUCAAUAUUAUCAACAUUAUUUUCGUCAACAUCUACAACAUUCUUAUCACGUACACCAUACAGAAGCAGAAGGUUAGCUAGAUUGUUAACCAAUCACUUUUCUACGAAAUUUAUCCUUCCGGAAGAAGGAAGAGCAUAUUUAACAGAAAGAAGUAGCAGUAACUGAAUUAAGAUAAUAAUAAUAAUAAUAAUAAUAAUAAUAAUAAUAAUAAUAAUAAUAAAAAUAAUAAUAAUAAUAAUAAUAAUAAUAAUAAUAAUAAUAAUAAUAAUAAUAAUAAUAAUAAAUUAAAUAUCAGUAAAUACGAAUAGAAGGAAAGCAACAUUAAUAACGACAUUUUUUAUGCAGAUCUUUAAAAAAAAAUGCAUUAUACUGUAUUUUAAGGCCAUUUUCUUCUAUUCAUGUCUGGGAUGAUAGAAACAGAACAGGACAACCAAUCGGGAAGUGAAACCGAGAUCUUUCUGUUGGUGUCACAAAUAACAGUGCGCGCUCGUGUGUAUGUGGUGGGCAUGGUAUCUUUAAAAUAUAUAACGUAUAUACAUCGUCAAUCUUAGUUUAAGAGAUAAGAAUGUAAGACUGACAUAGUUUUUUUUAAUAAAAUGGAAUGGAUGCAACGACCAUUUUUCUUGGGAUUGGUCGCUCAAACACACACAUAUAUUUCUUUUUAUAUGUGUGUGUGUAUGUAAUUAUGUAUGUACGUAUGUAUGUUUGUGUAUUUAUGGAUAAAUAUAUGGAGUAAUGGGUGAUUGUAUAUUCGUAUGCAUGUAUGUAUGUAUGUAUAGAAAUCUCGACCAGUGUUGGCAAGUUAGUCCUUUGACAUAUCGUCCUCAUUUAUAUCAAUAUUUUUAAACGCUCGCAUUAUAAAUCCGAUCUGAAAAUUCAAUAUUUAUAUUUUUUUAUUCAAUACUAUUUAUCUAUCGAUUUUUUACAUCCAUUAUUGUACUAUAAUUUAAAAGAUAACAGACUAAGCAGACAUGGGAACAUAGAGAUUAUUAGUUCCGUAAAUUAUACAAAUGCAACCUAUAUAUAU